CUGCGCCGUUGCGGCGUCUGGAAUUUUCGACAGAAAACAAAGUCCACCGUGUCCAUAUCGAUUCCUGCACGUGGGGCGUCAUAUUGAACAAGUCACUCUUUUUGACGUAGAUUUGCAUUUCUGAUAGAAGUGAGUGGUGGUGCAUGGAUUCGUCUCAGGCCAGUCGAUAAGAAACUUGAACCCUUCACGUCGUCGUCGUCGAACAAAAGUAUUCGCUUGAGACCUGUACGAAUACACUUGUACCAGCAUGGAUCAAGCAUAUGUGCGUACCACUUCGGAGGUGCUCACGUACUUUGACGUGACAGAAGCAGCCGGUCUAUUCUCUGCGCAAGUCACAGAGGCGAGAGAAAAGUAUGGAAGCAAUUCCUUGCCAGAAGACCCUCCAACGCCGCUAUGGCAACUCGUCCUCGAACAAUUCAAGGACCAGCUGGUCUUGAUCCUACUCGGUUCGGCCGCCAUAUCGUUUGUUCUCGCCCUGUUUGAAGACUCGGACGACUGGACUGCUUUCGUGGAUCCCGUGGUUAUCUUGACAAUCCUCAUUUUGAACGCUGUUGUUGGUGUCACACAGGAGAGCAGCGCAGAAAAGGCCAUUGCAGCCCUGCAGGAAUACUCCGCGAACGAAGCCAAAGUGGUUCGAAAUGGGCUGGUCAAGAAGAUCAAGGCUGAAGAGCUGGUGCCAGGAGACAUUAUCAAUGUGGCGGUUGGAGACCGAAUACCAGCGGAUUGUCGUCUACUCUCAAUUCACAGCAACAGCUUCUCGGUUGAUCAAGCCAUCUUGACCGGCGAAAGCGAGAGUGUCAGCAAAGACAGCACCCCUGUGAAGGAUGCACAGUCCGUCAAACAGGAUCAAGUGAAUAUGCUCUUUUCGGGCACAACAGUCGUCAACGGCAAUGCUACGGCGAUUGUCGUUCUUACAGGAAGCUCUACCGCCAUUGGUGAUAUCCACGAAAGCAUAACUUCACAAAUCUCGGAACCCACCCCACUGAAGGAGAAGCUGAACGAUUUUGGAGAUACCCUUGCUAAAGUGAUCACUGUCAUUUGUAUCUUGGUCUGGCUCAUCAACAUCCAACAUUUCAAUGACCCGUCUCAUGGCGGUAGCUGGGCCAAGGGUGCAAUCUACUACCUCAAGAUCGCCGUCUCCUUGGGUGUUGCAGCAAUUCCGGAAGGUUUGGCUGUGGUCAUCACAACGUGUCUUGCCCUGGGAACAAGGAAGAUGGCAGCUAAGAACGCCAUUGUCCGAAGUCUCCCAUCCGUUGAAACCUUGGGCAGCUGCAGCGUCAUCUGUUCCGACAAGACUGGCACUUUGACCACGAACCAAAUGAGCGUCGAGAAGAUCGUCUUUCUUAACGAGGCCGGUAGCGACUUGGACGAGAUCGAAGUCAAGGGUACCACAUUCACUCCCGUCGGAGACCUCGUUCACAACGGCAAAACGCUUAAGAAUUCUGCAGUCAGCUCCAACACUGUGAAACAAUUGUCAGAGGUCUUGGCUCUCUGUAACGACUCCAGUUUGUCCUACGACCCAAAGACUGGUUCGUACCAGAGCAUUGGCGAGCCUACCGAGGGCGCUCUUCGAGUGCUUGUAGAGAAGAUCGGCACCGACGACGUGGCAACUAACCAAACCCAGAUUGGUUUGGACCCUACCGAGCGAGUACACUUUGCCAGCAAAUACUACGAGGACAAACUUCCCAUACAGGCAACCUACGAGUUCUCAAGAGAUCGAAAAAGCAUGUCAGUUCUUGCCGGAAGAGGCGAGCACCAGAAAUUGCUGGUCAAAGGUGCCCCCGAAUCUAUCCUAGAACGAUGUUCGCACGCCCUGCUAGGUGCGGAUGGAAAGAAAGUUCCAAUAACAAAGGGACACCUUGGCCUCAUCGGCGAGGAAGUUAUCGAGUAUGGUCGACGAGGCCUCCGUGUUCUCGCCCUUGCUAGCGUCGAAAAUGUCGGCGGCAACGCACUACUCAAGACCGCAAAGACAACGAAGGAGUACGCCCAGCUCGAGCAGAACAUGACCCUGAUUGGUCUCGUGGGCAUGCUCGACCCUCCACGACCUGAAGUCGCUGACUCUAUCAAAAAAUGCAGAGCCGCAGGUAUUCGAGUUAUCGUCAUUACUGGCGACAACCAGAACACCGCCGAGACCAUCUGCAAGCAGAUCGGCGUGUUUGGUCCGGACGAAGAUGUUACAGGCAAGAGCUUCACUGGCCGUCAAUUCGAUUCACUCAGCACGACCGAACAGCUAGAGGCGGCAAAGACGGCUUCGCUCUUCUCUCGCGUUGAACCCACCCACAAAUCCAAGCUGGUCGACCUCCUCCAAGCGGCCGGCGAAGUUGUGGCAAUGACAGGUGACGGCGUCAACGAUGCACCCGCUCUGAAGAAAGCCGACAUUGGCGUCGCCAUGGGCAGCGGCACCGACGUGGCCAAGCUUGCCGCCGAUAUGGUUCUUGCUGACGACAACUUCGCCACCAUCGAGGUCGCCAUCGAAGAAGGCCGCACCAUUUACAGCAACACCCAGCAGUUCAUCCGGUACCUGAUAUCUUCGAAUAUCGGCGAAGUCGUGUCCAUCUUCUUGACCGCCGCCUUGGGUCUGCCCGAGGCUUUGAUCCCCGUACAAUUGCUCUGGGUCAACCUGGUGACUGACGGUCUUCCUGCAACAGCACUCUCCUUCAACCCGGCCGACCACGACGUGAUGCGUCGGAGCCCGCGCAAACGCGAUGAACCCUUGGUCGGAGGCUGGCUGUUCUUCAGAUACAUGGUCGUCGGCACGUACGUUGGCGUGGCCACCGUGUUCGGAUACGUCUGGUGGUUCAUGUUCUACAGCGCCGGCCCGCAGAUCUCGUUCAAACAGCUGGCCAAUUUCCACAAGUGCUCGGCCAUCAACCCGUUGUACGCCGACGUCAGAUGCAGCGUCUUCUCGCCCGACGCGCUGACCACGCGCACUGCAUCGACUGUUUCACUGUCCAUUCUUGUGGUCAUCGAGAUGUUCAAUGCCAUGAACGCGCUGUCGAGCUCCGAGUCCCUAAUCACCAUGCCGUUGUGGAAGAACAUGAAGCUCAUCUACGCUAUCUGUCUGUCCAUGGUUUUGCACUUUGCUAUCUUGUACACGCCGUUCUUGCAGGGCUUGUUCUCGAUCGAGCCGCUGAAUUGGGCGGAGUGGUCGGCCGUGCUGUGGAUCUCGGCGCCGGUCAUCCUGAUUGAUGAGGUUCUCAAGUUCUUUGAGCGGAGCUUCUUCAUGCACACUUCCACGGGGCCGAUGGGAGUCCAAAGCAAUGGAUAUGCGGCUAAUGGCAAAGUCAAGGCCAAUUAAGCCACUUACUAAGAUCUAAGAGAUAGAGGGUAGACUGUACGCCAGCUAGAAUAGAAAUCAAAAGAGAAUACAAAUGUUGCAUGAAAUCGUAUG